UUAUUGUUUUUACAUAAAAUUAUAUGUCUAAAUUACAAAUUUUAAGUAAUUUCGGGUUUCCAAAAAAUUAUUGUUCUUUCUAACGUUACGAAAACUGCUCUUAAUGGGCAUGUAUCGGUUCCGUAUUUAUAAAUAUCUAGAAUAUGUCCCUAAAAACCAACAUCACAGGAGCUAUCAUGGAAUACCUUUCCUAGAUUUUUAUGAACAAACUACUGGCCGCAGCGUUACAAAAGCUUGGUUACCAGAUUUGAAAAAAAAGCAUCCAAAUAUUCACCAACUAAGCCAUGACCAGUUACAGUGGACACUACAAAUAUUGCAAAAAUUUGGUAUUGGUCCUGUUGAAGCAUGUCACAACCCACAUUUAUUUGUUAUGAAUCCUAUAACCAUGGAUAAUUAUGGAUCUAUACUAAAUGAAUGUGGUUUUGUUAAGAUUUUACCUCAAUAUAUAAUAAAGUACCAUACGCUUGUAAGGUCACGGACUAUAACAUGGCUAAAAAAGGAGGGUCUGCUUAAUUCAAAUAUUUCACUAGAACAACAUUUACAAGAUUUCUUUAGAGAUUGGCCGGAUAAUUGUAAAUAUGCACUACAUUUUCCUGAUGCUGAAACAUCUAUUUUAACAGUAAGAAUGAGUGUCCUGGAAAGAUAUUUAACAUGGAGACUGUCUAUCACCACUGAAGAUUUCCAAAAAUAUUGUAAAAAUUAUUUGCCACUUAAACAUAAACCCAUGUCAGAUAUUCAAGAAGCUUUGGAUAUAGCUGUUAACAAUAUAAAAUUUAAUACAGAAGAAAUAAGAAGAAAUGGUUUUAUCAUAUCAUCUGAUCCCAUUAAUACCAAAUUGAUUAUUGAAAAUGUGCCUUCACUGGCCGGUUUGGAUAUUCAAGAUGCAAUAAAAAUAGAACCAGCUAUAUUAAAAAAUAACUAUCCAGCUCUUUUAAAAAUAAGGGAUUUACUAGAGGAAUAUCGGAUAUCAGAAGAAGCGCAACGGCGUUGUCUAAAAGUAUACUGUAUGCGACCGCCAACUGUAGAAGAAAGAUUAGAAGAAUUAAGGAAUCUAAAGGAAUACCAGAUAUUACACACAAAUCCCAGGGUAUUGUCCAUGGUGGUCCACAAGAAGAAGAUGAUGACCCGUCUAUCCAAGAUACAGACCGCUAAAAAGCAAUGUUACAGUUUGAACCAUCUUGUUUCAUCUAGCAAAGUAUUUAAUAAUUAUAUUUCAAGUUUUGGCAACAAAGUUUGUGGUCGAGAUAUAGCUAUCUUAAUAUGCUCGUCCCUAAGAUUUCCUUCUGGUAAUGGUAAAAGAGACUCCAAAAUAAUGGUCCAAAAUGUUCUCAAUAAACUGAAGAAGCACAAAUAUUACCUUCACUCGGCUUUACACGUUAUCGCUGAAAACAUAGAGUACUUAAAGAAGAACUUUGAUGAUAAAACAAUAUUGAACAAUUGCCACCUUUUGCUAUAUCCAAUCAAUGAAAUAGAGCAUCAUGUGGCAUUGUUACUCAAGUUGCGAGACGAUGGUCGUCCAGCGUUCAAGACUUCCUCCAUUGAUUGCUAUAAUAUCUUGAACUAUUCCGCGCUCACAGACGAUCAUAUUCUCAGCCUAGUGCUGUAUGAAAUCGAGAAGAAAUACCACUUCAGCGGUGACGGCAUCUGGAGCAGGCAAGAUGGAGUCAAAUUAGAUUCUAAAGUAGCUAGUUGACGUAAAGCUCCUCACCUAGUUGGAGACAUGUGCAAAGGACGUUCACGACUAGUCAACGCUAAAAGUGAUGAUUGACAUGUAUACGAACAGUACUUUCGAAAACAAAAGUAUGUAGAUAUACUGUAAUGUAGAAUUGGUGGAAGAUAGUAUAGAUAAGAUUUGACCGAGGGUGUUGUAAAUCUGCCUCCGACUGUACGGUGAGCAGUACAAAAAUCUGACGUAAACUGCCAACAUCAACCAACAAAGGAGAUAAACUCACAGCAUAUAAAAAUACCUUUUAUGUUACUUAUGGAGAAUUUACAUUAAUUUCGAGUUAUUAUUUAAGUAAAAUAAAAAUCUCA